UCGAGCCUAUUAUUCAGUCCAAAGUAGGGCCCACCAUUUUGGACGUUCUCAACUGAAGAGUGGCAAACACAACCCUAUAAAUCAACACAAACACAAGACACAAGGCCUACGCAACCCACCCAAACCAUGGCAUCCCAGCUAACCUUAAAGCUUCUCGUAGAAAAGAGCACAGGCAAGGUGUUGUUUGGAGAGGCUGAAAAAGACUUCGUUGAUUUUCUCUUCAGCCUCUUAGUAGUUCCAAUCGGCUACGCAGCAAAGCUCCUCUCAAAGAAAAACAGGGUAGGAUGCACUGCAACUCUCUACAAGAGCCUUGAAAAUCUCCCUGUUGCUCACCUCGAACCCAACUUUGACAAAAAUGCCCUCCUUACCCCCAAGAUGUCCAUUCCAAAUAACGGUCCAGAUCCUUCCCUUCUAUUACAAGAUGGUGCUUCCACCAUAUCAAAGCUCUACUCAUGCAGCAGCUGCAACUAUCACGGCUAUGUUACAGAAGUAGAGGGCACCUUGUGUCCUAUUUGCAAGAAGAAAAUGGUCGUUGAGGUUUUCAAUGUUGGACCUACAACAGCAGCGUCGGGAUCGGACAGUGGACAAGGGUGCGUUAAGGGUGUGGUGGCUUAUAUGGUGAUGGACGAUUUGGUGGUGACUCCCAUGUCUACCAUUUCAAGCAUUGCUGUACUCAACAAGUUGAAUGUUAGAGAAGUGAGUGCAGUCGAGGAGAGGGUUGUGGAAGUCGGCAUGGAUGAGGCUUUGGCCCUCCUCAAGGCUUCUUUGGAGUCGAAGACAGUACUCAAUGACGUCUUUGGAGCAAAGUUGAAAUUGGAGACAGUGAGCUUUUUUGAUUCGGGAACAUAGUUGAUGGAAUUUCCAGUAGGGAAGAGCUUGCCGAGGUGCAUUGUUGGCAUCCGCUGAGCAUCUCCCACCGUAAAUCAGUGUUAUGUGGGAAUCCCAUGCACAUUUUCUGCUUUGAAAUUUCCCAACUAGGAUAUGUUAGUUACAAAAUAUCAUCGUUUAUAUAUAUAUAUAUAUAUAUAUAUAUAUAUAUAUAUAUAUAAACAUGUGGGGUUGGAAAUGUUUAGGUGUUUGGUAUCUUUACAAAGAACUAUUGCAGUGUGACUCCUUUAUUGUAAGAACUUCAGUGGAAUAGUGGUUGUAAAUGUUUCAUCAGCUA